AGCUCUGAUCUACUGAGUACUUUUGUUAUUGUUCAACGAUAUAGGCUGAUUAUUUUUUGCUAGUGAAAUAAAGAUGGAUCUUUCUGAAGCCAUACAGAAAGAAUUGCAGAAUAUUGGACAUCAGCACAAUGUUUCUAAAAUUAUCAACAAGGCUUUUGAAACGAUUGUAGAUCCUGUGAAGGAACCUAUCGCUGGAGGAGCCCAAUAUGCGUUAGCGACGGUGCUGGUACUGGCAUGCAAGUACGACUACGAUUAUCAACAGCUGCGCCAGAUACUCGAGAUAUACAUCCUAGAAUCCGAUAUUGUCGAUAAAAUAGUAUCAAAGUAUUCUCUUUUCCGUGAUACUCGUGCCCCACAAAAUGCAGAAUACGGCAUAGCGCUACCGCACGUCACCGAUGCCAACUGGACGUUACGGUCGGACCUAUCGUCCUCCAGCUAUUCGGUAUCGGCUGGAAAUCUCAGUUUUAGUAUCGAACUGGAGACAUUCAAUCGCGAGACUGACGAAAAGGAUCCUGUUAUUCGUUUCACAUGUACACCUGAAGAGUUGCAAUUGUUUAUAAAUAAAUUGAAAGAUGUAGAAUUGAAUUGUGAUAAACUUUCAAGGCAGUAAUAAAGAUAUUUUUAUUUUA